AUGGCGUCAUACAUUAAGUUUUGUGAGGUCGUCUCCUGUAAAUAAUAUAUGUCAUAGCUGUAGCGAUACACUGUAUUUAUUUCACGUAUUUCCCAUGGAGAGCAGAUUUAUCUAAAUGCUGAUAGCAUACUGUAGAGGUUGGCAGUCCUCUGCCAGCCUGCUUGCUGUCGCUCAGCUCGCUAGGUUAACUUUAGCGUGAUACUUCGCUGGUUAGGACGCUAGCAUUAGCUAGCCAUUUAGCUAAUCAGAGGUUAUUACGGGAGGAAUCUAGCUUGUUUUCAGAGGCCUGUAUCUAAUUGAGAUGGACAGUUGAAAUGACAUGUCAUCUGUAGCUUCGCAUUGAACUGACGCGUAUCAAAGGUCAAGCUUGCCUUGAUGUUGGACCUCCUGCUUAGCAUGCAGCCAUGAGCUCUGCGCUGUGGAGCCAGGAGAAGCCCAGUGGGGGCUUCAGGGAGGACUGGCGCUUCUACAUGGUCAUAAAGGAGUGUACGGUGGAGAAGUCUCCCCAGAAGACCCUGAGGAUCCCCCGUGGAAGUCUCGGUCAGGCCUGCCAGGAACGCAACAGCCUGGGGCGAACACUACCUCCAAACAAGGGCAAAAAAAGCGUCCGCAUCCUGGACCAGACCAACGUGGUGCUGAGCUUGGACGAGCGGGACGUCCUGGAGCUGGAUGAGAAGCUGGCCGAGCUGCUGUUCCCCAUUACCAACUGUGAGGAGCGGUAUGCCCUGCUCUGCAACAAGUCACGGCUAGAGCGUGUCCGUGAUAUUGACUGUGGUUCGAAGGUGCGCGUCCAGCUGCGCUCAGGGGAUGAACCUCUGCCUGGUGUGGUUCGCUUCAAAGGCUCGCUGCUCCCUGACAGAGCCCUCUCUGGAAUCUGGUUUGGGGUGGAGCUGCUGGAGGAGGGCCGGGGCCAGGGCUUCACCGAGGGGUCCUACCAGGGCCGCCAACUUUUCCGCUGCGAGGAUGAGUGCGGUGUGUUCGUGGCCCUGGACAAGCUAGAACUCUGGGAGGAUGAUGAUGACUGACGAAACCUUGGGCGAGCUGGAGGUGGACCACGUCAAUCUGGUGGAAGAGAUCAGGACUUCCCUCCACUGGAGAUCAACUCCAGGGUCGUGGUGCAGACCAGGGACGGGCCGGAGAGAGGCACCAUUAUCUUCUGUGACCUGCUGCCGGGCAACGAGAGCCUGGGCUACUAUGUGGGAGUUGACAUGGACAACCCUAUCGGGGACUGGGAUGGUGUGUUUGAUGGGAAGUUGCUGUGUAAUUUUGCCAGUUUGGAGCACACUCGACUCGUCCCCAUCUGUGACGUAAUGCCAGAAUAUUCCAUGCAGGACCAAAGGCAAAAGCACAGUUUUGCCCCCAGAGGCACCAACAGUGAAAAGUCGUCCUCUGGCCAAAGCAAACCAAAGAGCAAAGGAUUAGGUCAUCAGUGUGGCAGUCGAAGCAAGUCUGAAUUUUACUAUACUUUAAAUGGCAGCUCUGUUGACCCCCCAGCGCAGUCCAAAUCCAAAAGCACAUGGUACAUUGAUGAAGUUGGGGAGGACCCCGCCAAGUCACUUACUGACACGCCCCCUGACUUCAACCAGUCCUCCCCGCCCUCCCGAGCCCCGCCCUCUGCCUCGUUGUCCAGUGACAACAAGUUCCACUCUCUGCCCUUCAGCCUGAACCGGAAAACCGGGCCCAUUGACAGCAUGAGCCACGGGCCUCUCUCGCUCUCUGUGCAGUCGGUGAUGGGAGAGCAGCCCGAGCCCCCGUCGCCUGCUGCCCCUCCCUCACCGCGGCCUUCGACGCCUCCCAGAGGACAGCCUGGUCUGGAGGUGGGCUCUCUGGUGGAGGUGAAGGAGAACCCUCCUCUGUGUGGUGUCAUCCGCUGGGUGGGCCUUCCUCCUGGCCUGCUGGAGCCUUUGGCUGGGCUGGAGCUGGAGGAAGAGUGCCCCGGCUGCACUGACGGCACCUUCAAAGGUAUUCGAUACUUCACCUGCCCCCCCAAGAAAGCUCUGUUUGUGAAGCUCAAGUGCUGCCGGCCCGACUCCCGCUUCCCGUCCCUCAUUCACUCCUCGAACCCCAUCGAGCGCUGCAACUCCAUCGCAUUCGGGGGGUACCUAAGUGAGGUCGUACAUGAGAACACGCCUCCCCGCACAGAGAACGACGGUCUGGAUGUCAUGGUGGGGAAAAAGAAAGGCAUCCAGGGUCACUACAACUCCUGCUAUCUGGAUUCCACCCUCUUCUGUCUCUUCUCCUUCAGCUCUGUACUGGACACGGUUCUGCUGAGGCCACGCUCAAAGACUGAUGUGGAGUAUUACAGAGAGACCCAAGAGCUGUUACGCACAGAGAUCGUCAACCCGCUGCGCAUACACGGCUACGUCUGUGCCACUAAAGUGAUGAAGCUGAGAAGGAUCCUGGAGAAAGUGGAAGCUGCCUCGGGGUUUACCUCUGAAGAAAAAGAUCCUGAGGAGUUCCUUAAUAUCCUUUUCCAUCACAUACUGAGAGUGGACCCUUUGCUCAAGCUCAGGUCAGCAGGACAGAAGGUCCAGGACUGUUACUUUUACCAGAUCUUCAUGGACAAGAAGGACAAGGUGGGAGUUCCCACCAUCCAGCAGCUCCUGGAGUGGUCCUUCAUCAACAGCGACCUCAAGUUUGCAGAGGCUCCCUCUUGCCUUAUCAUCCAGAUGCCCCGCUUUGGCAAGGACUUCAAAAUGUUCAACAAGAUUUUCCCCUCCCUCGAGUUAGACAUCACAGACCUUCUUGAAGACACUCCGAGGGAAUGUCGAAUCUGCGGAGGCCUGGCUCUCUACGAGUGUCGAGACUGUUAUGAGGACGGGGACAUCACGGCUGGCAAGAUUAAACAGUUCUGUGAAAAGUGCAAUACACAGGUUCACCUCCACCCGAGGAGGAAAACCCAUCGGCACGGCAAACUGUCCGUCCCCAAGGAGCUGCAAGAAGGUACGGGGCGGCAGGGCAGUUUCCCCCGCCAGAGGAUGGAGCUGUUCGCCGUGCUGUGCAUCGAAACCAGUCACUACGUGGCCUUCGUCAAGUACGGCAGCGCCGAUUCAGCCUGGCUCUUCUUCGACAGCAUGGCUGACCGUGACGGAGGGCAGAAUGGUUUCAACAUCCCCCAGGUGUCUCCGUGCCCGGAGGUGGAGGCCUACUUGAAAAUGACCCCAGAGGAGCUGCACACCCUGGAUCCCAAGAGCAUCCAGGGCCAGGCCCGACGCCUGCUGUGCGAUGCCUACAUGUGCAUGUACCAGAGCCCGACGAUGAGCCUGUACAAGUAGAAUCCUCUCCCCAACCCCUCCACCCUUUGCCCCUCAGCCACACCACCUCCCCCUCCCCAAGGGCAGGAGAUUCCCAGAAAAGACCAAAAAUGAAAAACAAACUAAAAGAAGAAAGGCUGCCUGCCAGCAGGGGUGCUGUCCGGAGUUAACCCUCUGCAGCCCACCUCUCCUGGAUGCCUGCCCAUCUCCGGAGGCUGCAGAGAUGGAAGAGGGGGGGAGAAGCCUAUUUGCACUGUGCAUUAGUUGAAGUGUUGUGUUCUUCAUGUAGUCCUAUGUAGCUUCCCCGUGCGGCGGUGGAUGAUGAAGCAAAGGUAGGCCUUAUGAAGAUUCACUCCCUGUUCAGGGAGGCAGGGGGAGAAGAUGGGCGGGAGGGGCAUGCCUGCGUUGCCGCGGCUGACAAAAACAUGCGCAACAAAAACAAGAUGAGCGAGUGGGAGGACCUUUCACCACCUCAUUUACCUUAAGAAAAGAGGAGUCCUGCUAUUCUUAAUCACUGUAAAACACGGGAGCUUUCCAUAACGCCACAUUAAGGAAGAACGCAAAUCCUCAUGUGUGUGUGUGUGUGUGUGUGUGUGUGUGUGUGUGUGUGUGUGUGUGUGUGUGUGUGUGUGUGUGUGUGUGUGUGUGUGUGUGUGUGUGUGUGUGUGUGUGUGUGUGUGUGUGUGUGUGUGUGUGUGUGUGUGUGUGUGUGUACUGAUCUAAAAACUUGUGUAAGAUCUCUUUAGAUUUCCCCCAUGUAGUAACAUCAGCAGUAUAGAUGUCACCCUACUGUGCAGUCGCAUUAAGACCAGAGCAUUGUGCUCCCCCACCACUGAGGAAAUGUCUUUACAGUACAUGUUUUGCAGAAACGGAUGUAGCCAUUGUAAAAGUCUCACAUUUUACUGCAUACUUGCUCAACCAAUGCUGCACUUUUGCUCCAUCCCCAAGUGGACCUAUCAGGAAACAUUUAGGUUUGGCUUCUUCUUUCUCCCCCCCCCUCCCAUUGGAAGUCACAGUGAGUGCUAAUUUGUUGGUUGGGAGACAUCAGAGUUCUGUGUUACAGAAUACAAAUGUGCUUCUCCCGCUGUAGCUGUAAAGAGCGCUCUGCAUUGAGAAGAAGCCGGAGAGAUGCAUGAAGGGAGACUUGUACAAUGGCUCCUGUUGUAACGCUGCUCGGUGGAGCACUCCACGCAUUCAUCGGGUCAAUGAGGUGAACGUCUGGCUGUUUUCUUUAAAGUAAGGGAGUAUGAUGUGAAGACUUUCACAUGCAGUGUUGUUAAGUGUCUGACUCAUUGUGUUGAUGACUAAAUAUAAAUUAUAUUUUAUGUUUACGAAGCCUUUUCUCUGCCCGUCAUGGCAAGUAUUGACUUUCGCUGCCUUCCAUGAAGAUGUGACAUGCAAUGUUUCCAGCCGUGCACCAGGUAACUAAACACUUGUGAUCAAAUAUUAUUUAUUAUAUUCUAAUCCUAUUAUAAACUUGUAUGUCGUCCCUUUAUAAGAAAAUGAAACGGGGUUGAUGGUUUGGGAACUCCUUGUCCCCUUUUGCAGUAUAUUGAAGUGGGUUAUUGUAGUUUACCAGGUCUCAUAGCAACUACUGAAUGUUAAUAGUCACACGUUGAACAGUGUAAAGUUAACACAGGAUGAUGGGUAAUAAAUGAGGCACGAGGCUGGUAACCUUGGAGCACCAUAUAUAUGUAUUUAAACAAACAUUUUGAUUAAAAAAAUUAAAUACUA